CGUAAAAGCUUCCUUUAACUGUCGUAAAAUAUCAGUUUACGGUAUUUUCCUCACUUUGUUACUAGCUUGGGUUCUGACUUCAUCCGAGACAUGGCUUCAGCUACAGCGCAGCAACCCACUCUGACUGUUGAACAAACCAGAGUGGUACUGAGUGAAGUGAUCCAGGCCUUCUCCGUGCCAGAUAAUGCUGCUCGGAUGGAAGAAGCCAGGGAGAGCGCCUGCAACGACAUGGGGAAGAUGCUGCAGCUCGUUCUCCCGGUGGCCACUCAGAUCCAGCAGGAGGUCAUCAAAUCCUACGGCUUCAACAAUGAAGGAGAAGGCGUCCUUAAAUUUGCCAGACUGGUGAAAAUGUACGAAACUCAGGAUCCCGAGAUCGCAGCCAUGUCCGCUAAGCUGAAGUCCCUCCUGCUGCCUCCACUGUCAACACCACCUAUAGGAGGAGCUAUUCCAGCUUCGUAGGGUUUACUCACGUCCAGCAUUAUCGGGUUAAGUCUCCUGCCUCUGUUCUCUCCAGUCAUGUAAGAUUUAUUCUGCAACAAAGUUCAAUGUUUCAUUUAAGGCAUCCUUGCAAACCCUUGUUGGAUUAUUGUUUUUAAAUGUAUUUAUUAGUUACAUUUAACACUAUGACCACUUUAUAUUUUCACUGGAAGGUUUUCUUUAAUGCCAUCUUUGAUAUCAUUUUAUAUAAUGUUAAAUGUUUGUUUUGCUACACAGUCAAAUUAAAUGUUUUCUCUGUA